GCUGACAGCUCAUAGUCCAGAUGUAAACAAUGUUGGUGUGCUGUGCGAUGUCAGUUACAGUCUGAUUGAACAUCUCAGCGAAAAUGAACACUUACGCUCUACAACUAACGUUGCUUUUCGCGCUCGGAAUAAUCGAGCUCUGCAGUUGUUCAUCGAAAAUCUCUCAGGUAACUAUCAACCCGAACUGUGGCGAAUACUGCGAGAGUAAUAACGUUACGACGGUUUACUUGCGCACUGAAAGUUCGACCGAUUCUCUCCACUAUAUUUGGGACUUCAGCGGCAAACCGUCUGUUCUAUUGGCUGUCACUAAACCGUCGGCACAAUUGAAAGUCGAUUGGAAAAAGUUCCUUUGGGGUAAAGAUGAAUCUUUAAAAUUCACCGAGGCUCCAAAUUAUACUUUCGGAAUUACGGUGUUGAAGAUAUACGAGUUCAAUGAUGUCAACGAUACAGGCUCCAUGGAUAAUGUUGGGCCUGAAAACAUCAACGUAUUACACCCCAAGAAAUUCAGAUGGGACAGAAAGUCCUAUUCUCAAAAUGACGAUUACUUUGAACUGAGCAUGGAGGGAACUGACUACGAGUCCGGAAGUAUACAGAGAAAUGGGACCAUCAAAUUUUUGCUGAACAGGUUCUGGAAGCUCGACCAUUCUGACAUAAUGCCGCAUAUAUUACACUCUGAAAAUGCAACGCAGAUUGACAUCAUUAUUGACAAUUUUCAAACCAACUCGUCAUUUGAAAACAGCAGAUUUGCUAUUGAGCUACUGAUCAUCGCUGACCAUAGCCUGAAUUCUUCUAUGAAAAUUGAUGUCAAGAAAACCCUGGACGACGAACACACACCUGGCAUAUUCGAGAUGGUAGAAAUUACCACACCGGUCUGCGAGAUAGUAGAUCAUAAAGAGAUGUGCGACCAACGAAUCGGAGAAGGCUACUUGCAAUGGAGGCCUGUUUCAUACACAGAUGCGCAACGAGACGUCACGAGUUCGACUGAAGCCAUUCAUUAUCCGUUGACCCGUGUCGCGAAUCAUGCACAAAGCGCGAAUAAUUCACUGCUGUACUCAUACUAUGGGUACAACAUAGAAAACCUACUUAUGCAGAAGGUCGUAGUAUCUCUUGGUUCCAAAGGUGACGGAUUUUACAAAAAAGGCAACUACUCGAGCUGGACUUUUACCAUUGGAUACGGGAAUCCCCCUGCUGAAAAAUUCUCUUUUCUAGUAAUAAUGAUUAUAUCGAUUGGACUAGGCUUACCGGCAAUCAUUAUGGUCGCUGCUGGUCUUUACGUGUGCGUAAGGAGACGUUACAAGCGGUCGGACACGCUAUCGCUCAACAGCUAAGCCUGACUUUAUUUAUGUGAUUUCAAAUUAACGUUCAGACUAUUCUACGACAUUCUUAACAACAGUCGAUGCUGCAAAUAAUGUACUAAUACUCGGUACAUUUUCGACGAGUAAUGUUAAUAAGCGUGCGUAAGAAGUCGGAUGUGUGACCUUUGAUUGUCAAAUGUUUGUGCGUCGCGCCUGAAGAAACAUGAUAAGUCUUGAAAAAAUAUUUGUGAAUUGUUCGACGUUGUAUCUAUAUUUAUACGUGUACAUCACUAUAGAAAUAUAUGUUCGGAACUUAAGGCUGAUAGGUUGAUACGUAAGUGGAGAAAAUGGGAUCUAGCUUACUCCCUAUUUCGCUAGUUGUUCAAUGUUCAUGUUUGUGUGAAAAUUUGUGAGAUUAGUUAGUAACAAUUGAUUUUUAUUUUAUACCUUUAGACAGGGUCAAGUAGUUAAAUGCCAUGACAAGAUUUAAGAACAACAUGAUUAUCAGUACUGCGGGUUACCAUUGUUGUACAAAAUAUCGCACAGUUAAAUUUACAAGCUUUUACAUGAUUAGCCACAUUCAUCUGCGCUUUAUAAAUACUUGAAAAAAAAUCGACCUUCGGCGCGGGGCCGUGUUACUAAAUGUCGACAAAAAAAAAAAAAUUAUUUUUACUCAAAUACGUGAAAAAAACGGAAAUUUUAUAUUUACGAAAAUAAAACUUACAAGAGUAGUUCCUUUCGGGCCUGUUUCCCUAAUAUGUGAAUCGGAAUCUUCUAAUUUUCCAGGAGACAGACUAUUUUUGUAUCGAAAAUUUAAUGCAUCAUUUGUUCAUUUGAUUGACAUCUUUUUUAUAUUCAUGAAUUUGUGCCUUUACCUUAUUAUAAGUAUACGUGAUACGUGAUUGCUUGCUGCAGGAUAUUUUCAAUGCGAUGAUUUUCAUAUCGAUUAUGUACAAUAAAUUUAAAUGAUGAAUAAGAUAAUACGAAUUAAAAAGAA